AUGAAUGCACCAAUGGGAUUCGAGGGAGGGUCCAAUCCGGAGAAAGCGCGAGAGAUGGCCGAGAAACAAGAGAAUGCUAUAAAUCAGAUGUUGUCACAGAUUUUGGAACAACCAGCUCUCGUGCGACUAUCGAAUCUGGCGGCGGCGAAACCCGAAAAGGCGCAACUCGUUCAACAAACGAUCAUUAAUAUGGCAAAAAGAGGACAAAUCGUCGGGCGAAUGUCGGAUGAAAGUUUGAAGGCACUUCUCGAGAAAGUCUCCGAACAAACACACAAAACUACGACCGUCAAGUUUGAUCGCAGACGCGUCGCCCUCGACUCGGACGAUGAAUAU